AUGGUGCUUUCUUCAACAUCCUUGGCCGGCAUAUUGGGCCUCAUCUUUGGUCCUCCUGUGCUUAUUUUCUUUGCCGUCAUGGCAUUGAAAAUAUACCUACGCAUCAGUUCCAAUGAAGAAGCUCUGAAUGAAGUUCGAUCAACGAUGCAGGCCAGACGAAGUCGACAUAUUCUCGGAUUGGAAGGCGGCAGUCAGGCCUUGGCGGAAGCAGAGGGCAUUAUUAAUAUCGAAGAUUUGGCAAAUAUACAAAGCAGACAGACACGAGAAGAACGGAUUCAAGACUGCAUCAAUGUCUUUACGGUGCCCGACAGUUCCUCAGCCUUCCUUCGGUUUGCCACUUCGGAGAGCGAUCAGCAAGUCAGCGAAAUGGCAUCUUCUCAGUUUUCGUCUUCUCAACUUCAUGCUCCUAACGAGCCGCAGUCAAGAACACCACCACCAGCUCCAGCAUCCGUGAAGUCGGCACAGACUUCCAAAUCCGUCCAAUCGCAAGCCACUGGUGGAAGGUCCCAGAAAUCCAAAACCAGCCAAAAAUCCACAAAAUCAAGCCGCAGUCAGAAGUCCCGAGGGAUCUCUCCAAGUCCAAGAGUGUCCUCCAUGUCGGCCCGCCGAUCCAUUGAUUCGUUUGUGACUCGACUGACGAAACAUUCUAGGAGGAGGGGGGAUGUUUGCAUCAUUUGCAUGGAUGGAUACCGGCAUGGGGAUAUCGUUUGCAAGACUCGCUGCAAACAUGUCUUUCAUAAGGAAUGUAUCGAAGAAUGGAUGAAGAAACAUAAUCGAUGUCCUCUAUGUCGGAAUGAUUUGUUUCGUGGCGAUGAAAAUACCUAA